AUGGAUUUCCCGGCUGUCACGGUGUGCAAUUUCAAUCCCAUCAAAAAAUCCUAUGUUCAAAAAUUGAACUCAUCCGGAGAUUUAUCGAUUGAAACUCUGGAUUAUUUGAUGGAAACUAAUACGGAUGUUAUGGUGCUCUACAGUAAUCUCAACAGGAGUACUGUAGAGGAGAGUGAGUACUGUAGUAGAUCAAUGAAUUGUGGGGUACUCUAAAUUACUGUAGCUUACUGUAGAUUCAGGGUUACUGUCGACUACCGUAAUUUUCCAGUGAACCAAAAAGCGGAGGCUUAUAUGGAUGCGCACAAGGAUUUCAAUGUGAUCAAUUUUUUGAAUAGUUCAGGUAUGAUACUGUAGGUACAGUACUCCAGAGUACUGUACCUACAGUACCCCUUUAGGCUAUGAAUGUGAGGAAAUGUUCGUUCGAUGCUAUUUCGGCGGAACCCAUUUCGAUUGUUGUAAAUACGUGGAAUCGAAAAUCUUGUCGCUGGGCAAAUGUUAUACGAUCGAUUUUUCGCUGCAUGCACCCGAUUGGAUGCAUAAACAAGUGUCGUCGGGAGUCGAGGCGGGGUACUGUAGAUUUUUUGGGGAGCAUUUUGAGACCAAACAUGGGUAUAUUUGGGGCCACGCCCACUUUUCUGUGCCCUGUGGGAAAUUUGGAGCAUUUUGAGCCCAAACAUGGAUAUAUUUAGGCCACGCCCACUUUUCUGUGUCCCAAUGUAGGCUCAAAAUGCUCCAAAUUUGCUCUAGUACUCAAAAAUCUCCACGUGGCUUCAAAAAUAUCCAAAUUUGGGCUCAAAAUGCUCCAAAUUUGCUCUAGAUUCCAAAAAAUCUACACGUGGCUUUGAAAAUAUCCGUGUUUGGGCUCAAAAUGCUCCAAAUUCCAGCCUUCAAAUCAUCGUCGACGCACAUCUCGAAGAAGUUCUGGACAACGACAAACAAUACGAGGAUAUUCUAUUCUCCGACAUCUACGAGAACGGCUUUCGAUAUUAUAUUCAUGAAUCGAAUCGAGAUCCGGAGCUGGCAUCGGAAGGAAUCAGUGUGUCACCGUCGAGAACCGUGUAUUCGGCGAUCAAGAAGACUACGGUAGUUUUUGGCGCGUGAUUUGGAGCAUUUUGAGUCCAAACAUGGCUGGGUUUAGGCCACGCCCAUUUUUCUGUGCCCAAGAUUAGGGCACAGAAAAAUGGGCGGAGCCUAACCCAACCCCAAUGUUCCAGCACAAUCUACUUCAACUAACUCGCUGGGGCAAUUGCACAGACUCCUGGCCCCUACAGUACUCCUCCACAAAUCUACCGUACACCUCAAUCGCGUGCCGCUCAUUGUGCUUGGCACAAUAUUUCUAUGAGCAAUGCGGCUGCUCGCCUUUCACCUAUAAUAUUGAUGGACGUGAGUUAGCCUAACUUUUUUUUGAUCUACCGAGCCUGGUAGAUCAAAACUUUGAUCUACCAAGCCUGGUAGAUCAAAAGUUUUCGCAAAACUUUUUUGUUGUUGCAGAAAAACCAAUGUGCACGCCCUAUCAAACCAUCACUUGUAUGGACUCAAAAAUGGCGCAAAAACUAGAUCAAGGUCUCGAAUUCAUUGAUCUACCAAAUUGCACUGAAUGUCAUAUCGAAUGUGACAGUAUCAAAUAUGAGAGUUAUAAUUCGUAUGGUGAUGGAUUCAAAAAGGAGUCGCUAGAAUGGCUCAGGUCAAUGAGCAAUCACUCGGAGAAUCAUAUUAUGUGGGUCUCGCAGCGAAAAACAAAAAUUUAAUCGCACCAACUUUAUAAUCGAACCAACCAACCUGGUUCGAUUCCAGCAUGAGGCACCGAAUUUUUUUUUGUUUUUUUUUCUUUUUUUUUCCCUCCACUAACAUAAAUGUAUAUAAAUUCCAGUAAAAACGUGGCAAUUAUCAAUAUAUUUUUCAUGGAAAUGUUCUACACAUCAUACUCACAAGUUCAGGCGAUGUCAUUGACUGAGAUGUUGAGUGAUAUUGGGGGGAAUAUGGGAUUAUUCAUGGGUAUCUCGGUGAUCACUAUCACCGAGCUCAUACUAUUCUGCGUCAAGAUCACGUGGAUUCUUGCGAGCAGCAGACGACGAGACUAUAUGUCGAGGAAGAGACGCAGUGAAAAAGAGAGAAAACGUGACUUGCAUGAAGCUGUAGAUGAAUUGAGAUCAAGACGGAAUAGUAGAUUUGAUGGAGUUAUGGGUGCGGUUAAUGAGAUGAGUUUUAUUAAUAAUGGAACAUCGGAUUUUGAGAGUAUUCUAGAACUGAAAUUGGAUAUUGAAGAUCUACGGAAACGUUUGAAUAAAAAUGAUGGUGUGACCAGAUAUCGACUUCCGAGCGAGAAAUCUAACCCGCCAACUAUGAAAAGAUCUAAAUUUUGA